GAUUUUAGUUUUUGUCGUUUUUUUCUAUUUGUUUUGGAGGUAAUAAAAUUUUUCUUCAGUAAAGUUCCUUCGGCGUUUGAUUCUACUGUGCUCUGGCUUUUCUUCAACUAAGAUACUGUGUUAUAUAAGGAGCUCUUCUGAGGAAAUAAAGAUAUCUCAUUAUUAAUAACUAGGAAUACUUAGUACAUGAAAAUCCUUUUGUAUAUUGGAUCAUGUCUGAACUCAAAGAGGAAAUUCAAAGGGCAAUGCAAUAUAUUUUAGAAGAGAAUCGGCGUAAGACCUUCAAAAAGUGGAUAUUUGGAAGUAGUGAAAAGUGUAAUGCAGACAAGAUGGCAGAAGCUGGUUUCAUUUUCACGGGAAACAAGCAAGAACCAGAUGCUGUAAAAUGUUUUCUCUGUAACAAAGCUCUGGAUGGUUGGGAGUCUACAGAUGAUCCAUGGAAGGAGCACUUGAAACAUGCUCCUAAUUGCAAAUUUGCCAAGUUACAGAAACCCCAAGACUUGACAACUCUCGAAUAUUUUCUCACUUUAAAACAAGAUUUGAUGUGUACUGUUGUAAAUUCUCAUAUGGAUAUACUUAAAGAUGAAAUCGAGAAAGAAGCAGCAGAAUUGAAAGCUUUUGGACGAAAUAUCGCAAAUAGGAAAUAGAUUGAUGAAUGGUGGGUUACUCAGUGAAAUAUCAGUUUCCACAUUAUGUACAUAUUAUAUCUUUCCCAGUAAGCUGAAUAAAACCAUUUUUCAAAGAGGUUACAAAAAGGAAAUGAUUUUAUAGAAAUAAUGUAGCCAACCAAACUUGUCAAUUUUUUAAGUACACCUCAUAAUUAGAUAGCUCCAUAAAUAAUAUUACUGGAAUUUUUCCCAACGCCAAGCCAUUAUUUUAUCCUUGACACGUGUUUGAUCACUAAGUGAUCAUCUUCAAACAGUGCAUCAUAAACUUCAUAAUUAACCAUCAGCUUUGUAUAAACGAAUGAAAAAAUUAUUGGAUGAUUGUUAACACUUUAAGCAUCACACUGUGUUUUUCAAAUUCAGGCCGUUAAUUGGUAGAGCUACACCACUAAAUGUUUUUAAUUAGAAUGUAUCGUUGGGUAACACUAACGUUACUAUAGCAUAGUAAAUUUAAACUCGUGGCCUUUAUACAUAUAUUAGAUAUCUAUGCAGUAUACAUUUUCAACUGCAAGUUGUGGGAAGGUCAAACAAAAUUAUAAUUUUAAUAUUUCAUUAAUAUCCAGUGCAAAUUGAAAAGUUUACAAAUGAGAUAUAUGUUUCAUUUGUAAUGUCAAUAUUGAUAAAAAAUAAUUCAAUGACAAGAUAGCAAAAAAGUGGACUAUCACAGAAAACAUUCAGAAAUCAAUAUUUUUCAGUAGUAUAGGUACAUACAUGGUUCACAAAUUUAUCUACUGAUGGCAUAUGAUAAAAUAAAAGAAAUGACGUUCAAAUAAAGUAACCAAACACUGA